AUGGCGGGACAUGAGGGUGGGCAUUGGACUACAGAGCUUGGCGACUGGAUACGCUUUCUUCGCUGGAGGAAACGGAACUUUGAUCGCCGAGUGGAGGACGCGCCCGAAUCUAGCGAACCUCCCCUUCCCGAUGCGCAUGAUGUCGACGCCUACGCUCUGCACCUCGAGUUCCGUGAACACCUUCUUGAAAUCGUCACCAAUCCGAAGAAGCACGCGUUCGUGCGGGAUAGCCGUAAACGCCUUGAUACGUUAGAGCCACAGCUGGCGGAGAUGCGUGCCGAGAGGGGACUGCCUGCCGACGAUAACCCCCCACCCCCGGCCUUGAUCGCGCUGUGGGAAGACGAGGCGGCAAAGAAGGCAGCAGAGCUCGCCGCACUACCGCCGAUUGACCAACCCGCGUUCGGUAAACGGCCUCGCGGUGUGCCGCCGGACCCACCUCGGCCAUGGAAACGCAAGCGGGAGAGAGCUGAGAAUCACAGCGACGAGGUUGCUGCCGGAGCACCGACUGCGAUGGGGCAGCCACCAUCUGCGAAGCGACGUUCAACUCGGGCGGCGCAGCCUGCCGAGCAGCCGACCGAACAGCCUGCCGAGCCACCUACUAAACAACUUCCUAAGAAGCGCGUUUCGGCCAAGGCGGCGACAGUAGUUGCUGAACAGCCUGCUGAGUCGCCGACCAGACGCCGGUCGUCUAAGAGAGGCGCUGCGACGGUUGCGGACCCCCCGACUGCACGGCCUGUAAAGCGCCGGGCAGCGCCAGCAGUAACAGAAGUACCGCUGAGGAGGAGCAGCCGCAUCGCGGCGCUGCCCCGGAAGAAUUACAAGGGAUGA